CACCAGCGAGAAAUGGCAGCGACGCCGGCGAGCAGAGAGCGGCGGUGGAGCCUCGCCGGCAAGACGGCGCUCGUCACCGGCGGAACCAAAGGCAUCGGGCGCGCGAUCGUGGAGGAGCUCGCCGGGCUCGGGGUGAGGGUGCACACGUGCGCCCGCGGCGACGCCGACGUGCAGGAGUGCCUGCGCCGGUGGAACGCCGCCGCCGCCGGCGAGGCGGCGCCCGUCACGGCGUCGGUCUGCGACGUGUCCGUGCGCGGCGACAGGGAGGCGCUGGUGGCGGCGGCGCGCGGCGCCCUCGGCGGGAGGCUCGACAUCCUCGUCAACAACGUCGGCCAGACCAUGUUCGCCGCGGCCACGGCGUGCGCGGCGGAGGACUACGCGCGCCUCAUGGCGACCAACCUCGAGUCAUGCUUCCACCUCGCCCAGCUCGCGCACCCUCUCCUCGCCGCCGCCGCUGCGUCGAACGGCGGUGGCGGCGCCGGUGCCGCCAACGUGGUGAACAUCUCCUCAGUCGCCGGGUUCAUCGCCUACCCGACGCUGUCCGUCUACUCCGCGACCAAAGGCGCCAUGAACCAGCUCACCCGGAGCCUCGCCGCCGAGUGGGCUCGCGACGGCAUACGCGUCAACUGCGUCGCGCCGGGCGUCAUCCGGAGCGACAUCAUCGGCAGCAGCGGCGUGACGCUGGACCCGGCGACGGCGCGGGCGAUGGCGGAGAGGGAGAUGGCGCGGGUCGCCAUGGGCCGCAUCGGCGAGCCCGAGGAGGUGGCGUCGCUCGUCGCCUUCCUCUGCAUGCCGGCGGCAUCCUACAUCACCGGGCAGGUCAUCGUCGUCGACGGUGGCCGCACCAUAACAGCCUAG